CUACACAAGGGCAUGAACAAGCAGCCCCUUCAAGCUGGUUGAGGUCUAGAGCAACCUAGAGGAACCUGAGGAACAGGAGGCCUGUUGUAUACACCCUCUGGGCUCGGGAGGAGCCUCCUCGGUCACUUCCAACUGCUGCCGGCUUCUGACACUUCAAGACUCGCCACUCGCCUCCCCUCACAUAAAAAGACAGGUGCCUUAGGAUCUCCCGAUGGGGUGGCUUGGCCCUGGGCUCACGUUCCCUGUGAGCUGCAUGAUCCUGGUGUGGGCAGCAGGCUCUGGGAGUGGGAAGGUCCUGCAUCAGCCCGCCUGCUUCUCCGACUACAUCAGCACCUCCACCUGUGAGUGGAGGGUGGACGGCCCCACCAACUGCAGCGCUGAGCUCCGCCUGACCUACCAGCUGGAUUUCCUGUACUCUGAAAACCACACAUGUGUCCCUGAGAACAGAGGAAGCACAGUGUGCCUGUGCGAUAUGCUGAUGGACAACGUGAUCAGUGGGGACACCUAUCAGCUGGACCUGUGGGCUGGGACGCGGCUGUUGUGGAGCAGCUCCUUCAAGCCCAGCGAGCACGUGAAACCCAGGGCCCCCUUAAACCUCACGGUCAACGACAGCGUCCCCCAUACAUGGCAGCUGACCUGGAGCAACCCGUACCCUCCUGAGAAUUUCCUGUACUCCAAGCUCUCCUACCAGGUCGCCAUUUCAAAUGAAGCCGACCCCACGGAGGUUACAGUCCAUAAUGUGACCUACAGGGAGCCCACCCUCCACCUCCCAGCGCACACCCUGAAGCCUGGGGUUUUCUACAGCGCACGGGUGAAGGCCUGGAUUCAGAGCUUCAAUAGCACCUGGAGUGAGUGGAGCCCCAGCGUCAAGUGGCUUAACAACUACGAGUGGUCCUGGCAGCAGCACCUCCCGCUUGCCGUCGCCAUCUGCUGCGUUACCAUCCUGGUCAUCUGCGUGUCCUGCUACUUCAGCAUCCUCAGGAUUAAGAGAGAAUGGUGGGACCGAAUUCCCAACCCAGCCCACAGCCCCCUCGUGGCCAUUGUCAUCCAGGACUCUCAGGUGCCACUGUGGAAGAAGAGGUCUGGGGGCCAGGAACCAGCCAAGUGCCCGCACUGGAAGACUUGCCUCACUAAGCUCCUGCCCUGUUUGCUGGAGCAUGACACGGAGAGAAGUGACAGUUCCUCCAAGGCUGCCCGAAAGGAGCCUCUCCAGGGGCCUGGAAAGUUGCCGUGGUGCCCUGUGGCGGUCAGCACAACGCUCCUCUCGCCAGAGAGCAUCAGCGUGGUGAAGUGCGUGGAGCUGGCAGAGGCCCCGGUGGAGAGUGAGGAGGAGGAGGAGGAGGAGGAGGAGGUGGAGCAAGACGCAGGGAGCUGCUGCCCGUCACCUGAGAGCAGCAGGGGCAGCUUCCAGGACAGCAGGGAGGGCAUCGCGGCCCGGCUGACGGAGAGCCUGUUCCUGGACCUUCUCAGGGCUGAGAAUGGGGGCUUUGGCCCACAGGGCCUGGGGGAGUCCUGCCUUCUUCCACCUUCAGAAAGUGGGAGUGCUCCGAUGCUUUGGGCUGAGUUGCCACGUGAGGAGCCUUUUAACCCAGAGUCCACCCCUCCAGCCACUCUGACACAGAGGCCAGCCUGCCCGGCUUUCGCAGAGAUGUCCGCCGUCGUCACAGACAACCCCUCCUACCGCAGCUUCAGCGACUUCCUGGGCCAGUCCUCAGGUGCAGGAGAGCUUUCCUCAGACGCACAGCCGUCCGAAUGCCCGGGGGACGGGGACCCCAACAUCCACUCUGCUCCCCAGCCCUCUGAGCCACCCACUGAGCUCCAGACUGAGCCGGAAACCUGGGAGCAGACCCUCCGCCGGAGCGUCCUGCAGCACAGGGCGGCCGCAGCCCCCGCCGCGGCCCCCACCGGGGGCUAUCGGGAGUUUGUGUGCGCGGUGAAGCAGGGCAGCGCCUCGGGCGGCGGGUCUUCGGACUGCGGCCCUUCCGGAGGAGCUGGGUACAAGGCCUUCUCCAGCCUGCUCGCCAGCGGUGCCACCUGCCCAGGCACAUCUGGAGUUGGGGCCAGCAGCGGGGAGGGGUGCUACAGGCCCUUCCAGAGCAUCACUUCUGGCCACCCUGGGGUUCCUGCCCCUGUCCCCCUGUUCACCUUUGGACUGGACAUGGAGCUGCUUCACAGCCCUCAGAACUCACUCCUCCCAAGCAGUUGCCCCGGGUGCCCUGGUCUGGAGCCAGAGGCAAAGGGAGAGGAGAGCCAGAAGCCCCCGCUCUUCCUGGAGCAGACCACAGGCCCCCUGGGGGACGACCUGGGCAGUGGCAUUGUCUACUCAGCCCUCACCUGCCACCUGUGCGGCCACCUGAAGCAGUGUGACAGCCAGGAGGAGCGGGAUGAGGCCCAUGUUGUGUCCAGCCCCUGUUGUGGCUGCCGCUGUGGAGACAGGUCCGAGCCCCCAGUGAGGCGCCUGAGGGGUCCAGACCCCCUGCCAGGUGGGGUUCCACUGGAGGGCAAGUCGUCCCUGUUCUUCCAGCCUGACCCCAGCAAUGCUCAGAGCCCGAGCCAGACCCCCGACAUGGCGGCCGUGCUCCCUGCAGGGCCCACGUGCACGAGUGUUUCCUAGGCCGUGCCCUCUUGUUGCUGUGAGUGCCUUACCUGUGCCUGCGGGUGGCUCCCCCGAAGGCAGCCCAGCUGGCAGAUUUCCGAGACUUGGAGGAUCUGUUGGCCACCUCCUCGGCGCGCUCUUCCCUGUCAUGCCCGCCCAAGGCAUGUUUUCUCCACCUAGUCCCUCGCUGCCCUGUCUUGCCCAGUCCUGGGACCAGCGGCUGCCAUGUCACUGGCUUGGACACGGAGCCUAAAAAGUAACCAAGCCCGCAGGGGAGGCCUGGGAACCUGAUGGGAAGUUGAGGCCCUGGAAGGGUGGCUGUGUGCCCAGAGGUGCCCAUUCAUUCAACGGAGCUUCAUUAGGGCGACACUGGAGGCAAGACGUGGGCCGUGGAGGGCUGCUUAGUCAAGUGGGGGUAACAGAAGCCCACGAAAAAUGGCGAUUACCAAGCAGUGACGAUUUGCUGUCAGAUCUCUCCACAACUGUAAGGCUGGGGGCUCCUGUUAAGCACUGGAUCCCCGGAACACACCCACCCAGCUACCUUGGGGCUGGUCUAUGCCCCUGUGGGCACCAUUGCUGGCAGCCACAGAGACCAGAGGGAGAGCCUCACGCCUGAGACCCGCCUGAGCUGGGCAUUCCAGAUGCUGACACCAGGCACGUUUAGCCUGCACACUGGCCCAGGCCUGGGGUUCAGUAAUGUUUGUGUGCAUCUCAAGGAUUGUUUAAACCUGGUGUUUGUAUUUGCUGA